UCUGGUUUAUCAGAUCAGUCUAGCAGCGACGCGCCACAGAGAAACAAUCUUUUGAUCGGUCAUUUUUCAGUGACCAGAAACGCACAUUUUUCAGCACUUGAACUUACAAAAACGCAAACAUAAGUUUUUUUUUGUAAUUACUGCUUUCUGUUUUGGGGCAUCUCGAAAAGUGUAGUUAGCUACUUGGCAAGUUGUUAGCUCACUGUUAGCCUGUGACGUUGUUAGUUAAAACAACUUCGCCGCAGCUGAUUUUCGCCGCCUGUUUUAUGUUUCCACCACUCCAGAAAAAUGUUGGACGGAUCUCCUGCGAGCGGUGACGAAGCCAAUAUCGGCAACGUUGAAAACAACAACCCGAUACCGAGCUGUAAAACGAAGCAAGCGCUGCUGAAGAAGGGAGGCAGGAAGCCGCUGCUGCAUCACCAGAAACCCCCGAGACACUGCCCGAGCAUCCGGCUGUCCGACCACAACAACACCGCCUCCGCCGCCAUCCUGACGGGCUCGUCGGGGCACAGACAUUCGGCCCAGUCCGCGGCUCACCUGCCUACCGGGACCCAGACGGUGCUGACCCUCCAUCAUGUCAAACAAGGAGCUAAAAAAGAGGUGCUGAAGCCUAAAGGUGUCCAGACGCCCCGUCACCUCCCACGACACGAUCAACUCGCCCACAAUGUGAACACCAGGAGCCACAAACCCAAACAGAGCCAAUCGCCCGUCGCUUCCCCCGCCGCUAAAAAGAACGACAACCGCACUCCCAAGAAGCCUUCGUCUUCCGUCGAACCCAAGAAACACCUGAACGCCUCGAACAACGUCACCUUCCCAACCGGCUCCUCCGCCGAAGCCGAAUACCUCAAAGAUUGUGAAAAGAUUUACGCCGGGCCAAAGUUCAGCGAGCCGCCGUCGCCCAGCGUCUUACCCAAACCGCCCAGCCACUGGGUCGGAGAGGACGGGCCGCAGCAGAACAGCCAGAGCCGUGAGCAGAUGAGCGUUCACCUCAAGUCUCUGCUGAAGGUUCAGGACUGACGCGCCGUAAACGAGGCGGUUUCUGCUGAAGAGAUGAACCCAGUUUGGCCUUUAGCACUGCAGUAAGAUGUGGGGAGUUUUUCUCUGCUCCAGUUUUCCAUUGUGACGCUCUGCCUGCGUGUGUGAACACCUCAGCCGCGCUGUGUUGCUGUUUGCUCUUCCUGACAUGCUGUGUAUGUCAGAUUUGCACAUGGAAACGAGAGUUGUGUGUUUUUGUUACUGAAUCUGUAAAGAAAGUGUUUUGUUUUUUUUAGCAGCAGCAGCAACACAGCCACUGUUUCAUGUUUACAUUAUGCAAAGUGACGGCACUUUGUCCUCCACCUUGAAAAGGCAGCCAUGCUUUACUUUUUAAGCGGUUAUGUAAAAUGUACAUAAUAUAUUAUAAACAUAUGAUUGUGUAUAUUUCCUGUUUUAACUGAGAUUUUAGUUUUAUUACUGAGGACUUUCUGAAAACAAACAAAAAAAAAAAAAAAACGUGUCCCCUGCGAACUGAAGCACUUUGUUCCAGCUCCUUCAGUGAGAGACGGAAAGACUUUUCUGACGGAUUUGCACUGAAAACGAUGAAGAGGAAGAGGAGGAAAGCUAACUUUGACGUCCCAAAGCUCGACCGGACACUCUGACGUAUUCACCAGCCCACUUCCACCUCCUGACUGGUUGCUGCGGAAACGAGACUCGACAUAAAGCCAUAGCCAAGAUUCGAGCCGCUGGCCGACGUUUCUUCUUCUCCUUUCUGUGAACUGGGGUCCAAACGAUGAAGAGUCUAAUCAGGGACUGGUGUGACCUCUGACCUGAGGCCAUCAUGUAAAACAAUCUCACUGCAGCUGCAGAACGCUCCAGCCGCACAAAGUGCUUGUUUAACGGGUUUUGCACUGAAUUCAGGGCGUGUUGACAUGAAGCUCGGAUAGAUGAACUUAAUGAAAGGCGUUUUUACGUCGCAUCAUUUUCUCCUGCUUUAAGAAAAAUGAAGCAACAGAUUGUUACAUUUUCAAAUUUAUUCCACAGAGCUGUAAAUCAGUGAAAUCAUUUUUUACACAUUUAACUGUAAAUUUAGAUUAUUAAAUGGCAUUUUUUUUUUUUAGAUUAUUAAGCAAAAUGAAACGUUAAAGUGUUGGUCACUAUCAGAAUGACAAAAGCAACUCUGGCUCAUAAUGUUUGGAAAUAUUGAUGCACAUUUUUAUUUUAUCAGUCAGUGUUGAAACGUAGUGGAUCUUGAAUCCCAGAUAUUAUGACAUGCUCUAUUCCAGCUCCAUGUUUUCACUCUGACUCUGAGGGGAUUUACUUUCACCUGUACUUCAUUUCACUCGCCUCCUCUUGCCUGUUUUUCUCCAUUAUGACGUGUAUUAAUGUUUACUGAGGACUUUUUGUUUUACACAGUCUGUCUUCUCUACCGUGAGUAUUUUCUUUUUCUUUGGUUUUUUUCUCUGGUGGUUUUGACGGUGGACGCAGGCGGCUGCUGGUUCUGUUUCUGACCUCUGUGAUGUCAUCAGUCUGAUGGGAAAUUGUAUUAAUGUAGCAAACCUUACAUUUUAUUGCAGUGUUUCACAAUCAUAUCAUUCCAGUAAUAUUCUCAUUGGCACAAUUAGGGAAAAAAAAUGUUUUAAAAAAAUUAAAAAUAAAUUUUUAAAUUGAAAAUAAGAUUAAAAAUUGGUUACCCC